AAAAAAAAAGGUUUGCAACAAAUUAAAAAGGAAAACCGAGAAUAAUAUUUUUUUAGGAAGAAUUUGUAAAAACUAUCCUGUUUUUAAACAAUGUGCUCCGCAAGAGUUUAUUAUGCCUUUUUCAUUGCUAAUUAUAUAUUCAUAUUGUACAACUUAAGCAGCAGCAGCACGGAAGCUGCUAUUUACACGCAACGUGCCAUUUUUCAUCCUGAACAUCCUGGUAAAUGCUUUGACAUAAUCACGCGACGUGCAAUGUUGCCGAACAAGGAAUACCGGCCUAAGGGUAUCUGUGCUGUUUUGUCAUGCGACUUAGCCGCACAAAGUAUUAAUAUUGAGACUUGUCCCUAUAUUGAAAUGCCCGGCUGUGAGGAAAUGCCUGUCGAUCCCAAAUGGUCGUAUCCGAAAUGUUGUCCGCAGUUUAAGUGCACUGACUUUAAAACCGGAAAAGACUUUAUUGUUACCGUGUAGUGUAAUCUCUAUCAUCAAGAAGAAGCUAAAAAUAAAUACAAACGUGAUUUUACUACUGUGUAAUAAAUAAUUUAUGUUUAAGUCUUAAUUUUAAAUAAUUUAUUUAACUUUUUUUUUUUUUUUUUUUUGCGUUACGUUAAAAAUAAAUUUUUGUUAUUCAUAUGCGGUAUGCAGGGAUGUUCAAAUUAUCCAUAAUA